GUGGGUUCCAGGGAGGGCAGUCUCUCGAGUCAAAUCGGUUUUCGUUGACUUGGUCGCUCCUCCUCACUCCAUCGCUUCUAGCAAGCUAGCUAGAUAACUAGGAGAGCUACCUUGAAGUGUGGGAGACUCAACGUGGAUAAGGGGAGAAACAGGCUGACGGGAAAUGGCAGACGUCGAGGGAGAGGGAAUUAAUUCUUUGGCACCUCCGUUAGUUCAGCCAUCCUCUCGUAACGGCUCCGGUGUCAGCCCAACGCAGGGCACCGGCAGUUGCCAAACGGUGACUACCGUUACUUCAGGCCCGCGACUGGUGCGGAUAGUCAAGUCUGACUCGGGAUAUGGCUUCAAUGUCCGGGGACAGGUUAGCGAAGGAGGACAACUCCGGAGCAUCAACGGGGAAUUGUAUGCCCCGCUACAGCAUGUCAGUGCUGUUUUACCGGGAGGUGCAGCGGACAGAGCCGGUAUCUCGAAAGGGGACCGGAUUCUGGAAGUUAAUAGUGUGAACGUAGAGGGGGCGACCCAUAAGCAGGUGGUGGAUCUGAUCCGUGCGGGGGAGAUGGAGCUGAUGCUGGCCGUGCUGUCUGUACCUCCCCAGGAGGCUGACUGUCUGGACCCUGGAGACGACGGCUCAGCCCAGUCCUGCUACGACUACAGCGACAAACAGGCCGUCCCUAUCUCCGUCCCCACAUACAAACACGCUGAACUCAACCAGGAGAGGUUUGUGGUGUACAAUGUGUACAUGGCAGGCAGACAGCUGUGCUCUAAGAGGUACAGGGAGUUUGCUAUCCUCAACCAGAACCUGAAGAGAGAGUUUGCCAACUACGCCUUCCCCAAAAUACCUGGCAAAUGGCCCUUCUCCCUGUCUGAACAACAACUAGACGCUAGACGCAGGGGACUGGAGGAAUACCUGGAGAAAGUGUGUUCAGUGAGGGUGAUUGGGGAGAGUGAUGUCAUGCAGGAGUUUCUGUCUGAGUCUGAUGAGAACUAUAACGGUGUAUCAGAUGUGGAGUUGAGGAUAGCCAUGCCUGAUAAAACCACCGUCACAGUCCGAGUCCGCAAGAACUGUACUACUGACCAGGUCUACCAGGCUGUGGUCAUGAAAGUAGAAAUGGACAGCAUAACGGCCAGCUACUUUGCUCUGUUUGAGGUCAUCAACCACUCCUUUGUGCGUAAACUGGCUCCUAAUGAGUUCCCCCACAAGCUGUAUGUUCAGAACUACACGUCUGCUGUCCCUGGGACCUGCCUCACCCUGCGCAAGUGGCUCUUCACCACCGAGGAGGAGAUCCUGCUCAAUGACAACAAACUGGCCGUCAGCUACUGCUUCUACCAGGCGGUGGAUGAUGUGAAAAUGGGAUUUAUCAAGGCGGAGGAGAAGUCCUACCACCUACAUAAAUUAGCAGAACAGAAGAAAAUGGCCAUGUAUCUCAGUAUGUUACGGGGCUGUGAAGGCUACAAUGUGAUCAUCUUCCCACACUGCUCCUGUGACUCCCGACGCAAAGGCCACGUCGUCACAGCCAUCAGCAUACACCACUUUAAACUGCACGCCUGCACAGAGGAGGGAACGCUAGAGAACCAGGUGAUCGUGUUUGAGUGGGUGGAGAUGCAGCGAUGGGACACUGAUGAGGAGGGCAUGGCCUUCUGCUUCGAGUACGCCAGGGGAGAGAAGAAACCUCGCUGGGUCAAGAUCUUCACUCCCUACUUCAACUACCUGCAUGAGUGCGUUGAGAGAGUCUUCUGUGAACUCAAGUGGAGGAAAGAGGUGGAAGAGGAGGCUGUGGAUAAGGACAAUAAGAACUGCAGUAAAGAUGGUAUGUGUAGCAAGAAUAUCUUCCAGCUGUUGAGACACAGAAGGGAUGGAGGCACGUAGGAGGAGAGAUCAUCACCUCCUAAACAUGCUCUCCUCCAUCCAUCCCUCUGGCUCGGCCCGGAACUGCCACCACUACCUGUCCUCACACAAACACUACUACACCAACUACAAACCAACAAACUACAACUUCUACAUACCAAUAACAGCAACUACAGAUCAACAACCACUACACACCAUCAAACUACAAAUGAACAACUUCUGGACUGACUGAAGGAGAAACAACGACACACACUACAACUGAAGCUGUUAUUCACCAGGAACCCUUGAAUACAACCCAACCACACGAUAUAAACACACUCGACAAGCCAACAGGAAGCUACAGUAGAAACAUAUAGCAGGUUUGGACAGGUGAAUAAGUAACUCUAAAGACUUAGAUACAUGCCUUCAUACAUCGCACCACCUCUUUGGUCAAAACUCCAUGGAGACCUGUGACUAUUGGCUAAGGAGGCUGACGUCUUGUGGUGGGAUUGGAUGAAGGAGAUGGUUCUCUGGGACGAUAUUGGACAAGGGAUUUGACACAUGCAAGGCCAUUGGGUGUUUUGUGGCCACUUUGGAAUGCUCUGGACUGGAACAGAGUGCAGUGGAAGAAGAGAACAAAAGAGGGAUACAGAUGCUGGAACAGAACCUGUUCUAAAAGAGGAAACGGCUGGUGGUGAUGGAACAGAACCUGUUCUAAAAGAGGAAACGGCUGGUGGUGAUGGAACAGAACCUGUUCUAAAAGAGGAAACGACUGGUGGUGAUGGAACAGAACCUGUUCUAAAAGAGGAAACGGCUGGUGGUGAUGGAACAGAACCUGUUCUAAAAGAGGAAACGACUGGUGGUGAUGGAACAGAACCUGUUCUAAAAGAGGAAACGACUGGUGGUGAUGGAACAGAACCUGUUCAAAUAGAGGAAACGGCUGGUGGUGAUGGAACAGAACCUGUUCUAAAAGAGGAAACGACUGGUGGUGAUGGAACAGAACCUGUUCUAAAAGAGGAAACGGCUGGUGGUGAUGGAACAGAACCUGUUCUAAAAGAGGAAACGGCUGGUGGUGAUGGAACAGAACCUGUUCUAAAAGAGGAAAUGGCUGGUGGGGAUGGAACAGAACCUGUUCUAAAAGAGGAAACGGCUGGUGGGGAUGGAACAGAACCUGUUCUAAAAGAGGAAACGGCUGGUGGUGAUGGAACAGAACCUGUUCUAAAAGAGGAAACGGCUGGUGGUGAUGGAACAGAACCUGUUCUAAAAGAGGAAACGGCUGGUGGUGAUGGAACAGAACCUGUUCUAAAAGAGGAAACGGCUGGUGGUGAUGGAACAGAACCUGUUCUAAAAGAGGAAACGGCUGGUGGUGAUGGAACAGAACCUGUUCUAAAAGAGGAAACGGCUGGUGGUGAUGGACUGAGGAGACGCAUCUGAAAAGUUCAAAAACAGGAACUGUGUGUGUUGACUGAUUAUGGACUGAGCUGUGAGAGUCUAGGUUGGAACCCUGGAGGUAGAAACACAACCCUUCUCUCUGAACUGAACUCCCAGAAUCAGUCUAGACAGACGAAGGGAAACGGCCCCAUGAUAUAAGAGACUGGAAUCAUAUGAACCACACAGACAGAUUAACAUAGAUAUUAUCUCCUGUUUGUAGCUACUAUCUCCAUUUCAAAGAGAUCUACUGAAGAGACUAUUACAGAGAGAGAGAGAGACACCAUACAUUUCCUUUAUUUGUGACUAUUGGGCCGAGCAGAACCAAGGGUAGCAUGUGUGUUUCAGCUGCUGGUUCUGUUUUGGUUUACAGAUGCUGAAAUUGCCCUGAAGCCAUUUUUGAAUACACAAACCUUCUCAUAAAAAAACACACACACACAGAAUGCUCAUCAUGUAGGAAUUGGAUCCCAGGAAAGUAUUCUGCCAUCUUGACACAUACCUGAACAAUGAACAUGUUUACUUCA